UCUCUCCCGGAAGUUGUUUCUGGAAGCGGAACCCGGCUCGCAUGCGCGUGGUCCAGCCCUUCGAUGUGAGAGUUUUCAGCAUGGCUGCUAUAGGAGUUCACUUCGGAUAUACCUGCGCUUGUGUGUCGAUAUUUAAGGACGGACGGGCUGAUGUGGUGGCUAAUGAUGCAGGAGACAGAGUGACUCCAGCUGUGGUGGCCUACAGAGACACUGAGCAGAUCGUAGGCAUUGCGGCAAAGCAAGGACGAGUCCGCAACGCUGCCAACACAGUUGUUAAAGUGAAACAAGUGCUGGGGAGAAGCUUUGAUGAUCCAGAGACACAAAUUCACAGAAAAGAGACCAAGUGUCAGGUGGUGAACAAAGCAGAGAAGCCUUAUUACGAGAUCACAGCAGGAGAUCAUCCCGAGUAUGUCGCUCCAGAGGAUGUCGCAAAACUCAUCUUCCACAAAAUGAAAGAAACGGCUCAGUCAGCUCUGGGCUCUGAUGUAACUGAAGCGGUCAUCACCGUCCCUUUUGAGUUCGCACAUGCUCAGAAGCGAGCUCUGAGGGAGGCAGCCGAAGCUGCAGGGUUCCACGUCCUGAGGCUGAUCCAUGAGCCCGCUGCUGCUCUGCUGGCCUACAACAUCGGACAGGACUGUCACUCCGGAAAGAGCCACGUCCUGGUGUAUAAGUUGGGCGGGACGUCCUUGAGCGUGACCGCGCUGCAGGUCAAUGGAGGAAUGUUCCGGGUUCUCAGCACCCACACUGACCACAGCAUCGGGGGAGAGAGCUUCACCCAGGCCCUCGCCCAGCACCUGGCCGCUGAGUUCAAACGCACCUUCAAACACGACGUGAGCAGUAACGCUCGGGCGAUGAUGAAGCUGAUGAACGGGGCAGACAUGGCCAAACACUCUCUGUCCUCGCUGGGAUCGGCCAACUGCUUCGUGGACUCCCUUCACGACGGCAUUGACUUUGAAUGUAAUGUCUCUAGAGCUCGGUUCGAGCUGCUCUGCUCCUCGCUCUUCAACAAGAGCAUCCAGCCAAUCCGAGCUCUGCUGGAGAAGGCGGGACUCUCCACCAGCAGCAUAAACAAGGUGGUUCUCUGCGGCGGAUCGGCCAGGAUCCCGCGUCUGCAGCAGAUGAUCCGAGAUAUGUUUCUAGAUGUGGAGCUCCUCAGCUCGGCGCCGCCCGACGAGGUCAUCGCCGUGGGAGCAGCACUGGAGGCGGGCUUACUGGUGGGCAGAGAUAUCCUUUCCCCGGAGGAGGAGUCUCUGACGGUGGACGUAUCUGCCACUGACAUACUGGUGAAGGAGGUGGAUGAAUCCGGAGCCGAGGUGUUCACUGUCCUUCUUCCGUCUGGCACGCCCCUCCCUGCUCGCAGACACCACAUCCUGAGCGGAGGCGGGAAACUGUCCUUCUGUCUGGAGAUUUACCAGAGAAUGGUCACGGAGCAGCCGGAGAAACUAGCUAAGAUCAUCUUGAGAGACCUGCAGCCCAGAGAGGAGAACCACGACAUCGACACCGUGGUGACCAUGAAAAGGGACGGCUCCGUUCAUGUUUCCUGCGUGGAGCAGAGCACUGGAAGGUCAGAGGUCGUCACCAUAGCGGCCUCAUCCUGAAGCGGCUGAGCUGCGGUCUAAACCUCACAUCAGUACAGUGUCAGUGCAAUGUUUUUGUUUUCUAUGUUUCGCUCAAUAAACAGAAUCAAACCCCA